AUGAAGUAUUUACAUGAAUACAUAGUGGAGUCAACAGCGAACAACUUAUUUAAAAACAGUCCUUGCCUCAACAUGGCGGCCACCAUGGCGCAAAGAUUAUCCCAGUUACGAGGAAUUUCCAACUUUCUCACUGCCACAACACCGAUGCUAGUGCCAGCAUGCACAUUAAGCAAACGUAAUAUAAAAGCGUACAAAGAUGGUGGCAAAGAACAGAAAAGAGUCUGGGCACCAAGAAUAAAGAAAACAAUUUUUGAGGAGAAGAAACAGGAUGCUGAGUUUUUGUCACGAGUUCCUGAGGACAGUAUUUAUUUGAUGGAGUUGUUCCCCGAGUCAGAAUUCUCCCUCCAAGACGCCAUUAAAUUACAAAAGGAUUACGCUGAUCCUUUCAUUAUGAACAAUAUGGACGGUGUUAUAUAUCUGGACAUCCUUUGUAAUAUGAGAACAAAGAAGCAGACCAAAUUCAUAUCUGAAUUCACAGAGAGGUUGUUUUUUCCAAAUCCCUUUGAAGUUGAAUUACCAAGGAGAUGCUUAGUUAUCUGUAAGACUGAGGAGGAAGCCUUAACAGCUCAACGAUUAGGAGCAGUAUUCGCAGGGGAUGAAACCAUUGCACAAAGGUUAGACCGUAAAAAAGGAGAUAUAACUGCAAAUGAUUACGAUAUUGUUUUAUGUACCAAUGAGAUGCAGGAUGCGUUGUUCAAUUACCGCAAUCUUCUCAAAAACAAUUACCCCUCCGAAGAGACAUUCUCCCUUGAUAACGAUGUAGAAAAAAUGAUGUUGAAACAGAAAGAGAGUGUCAGCUUCACCUGUAAAAAGGAGGGGUCCCUGGGCAGGAUACAGAUCCCUAUUGGACAGUUAAACCUGGAAAUAGACCAAAUCACAGAAAACUAUGACUUUUUCUUUUCAACCUUAUUAAAACAUCCUAAAGUGGCACAGGUCCGACCAGGAGAGAACUUUGUUACGUCUGCACGGUUACUGGUGCCCCCAUGUCCUGAACAGCUGAAGUUAAAGGAUGAUGAACUCCGUCGUAUUGACACACCUGCUAACAAGAGAAAAGCGCCACAAAAAGACUCUACGUCAGAGAAAGUUGACAGUGAUAGUUUUACUGGGGAUUUAUUAAUGAGUGCCUAAUGCAUGUACUUGUAGUCUUCCUUUUUUUUCUUAUUAAAUAUGCUUUAUGAUAUG